AUGGUAAUAGGGUCCUACAUUUUGGAAGCGCAACGAUUGGCCAAAAGUUUCACGGGCGCCACGUGAUUCAAUAUAGUUACCCCACGCUUGACAGCUCUGUUCCCUGUACUUUGAACGCCACCUGUAACUGGGUCCGACAGUCUUGUGCGCGAUUUGGACAUAUUUCGAGGGGAAUGUUUGCGAGUUUGAAGGACAGCAGUUCGUCGGAGGAAGACAGCCGACCCGAGCCGGAGAGGACGAUGGACGAACGGAAAACUCAAGCGACAGCACACCAUCAUCCCUUCAGUGUGGAGGCUAUCAUGUCGGGUAAAAAGAUGCGGAGUGAGUUUGCAAGGAAACCCGACGAUGUCUCUGUGGUUACAUUUUCAAACGCGGAAAACUCUUACCUGUGCAGAGAAACGUACAGCCCUGCCGAGGGAAUUCGCAAGCACUUUAUACCACCGUCGCCGGUAAAGUCGGAGUCCUCGGAGCCGGAUGACUGCGCUCCCUGGGUUGUGAGUCCACGGUUCUCUGUGCAAACUCGACAGGGGAGCCCUACCUGUCCACUACGGAAGCACAAAACCAACAGAAAGCCUCGCACCCCCUUCACCACCUCCCAGCUCCUGGCCCUGGAGCGCAAGUUCCGGCAGAAGCAGUACCUGUCUAUUGCAGAGCGGGCAGAGUUUUCCAGCUCUCUGACCUUGACGGAGACCCAGGUCAAGAUCUGGUUCCAGAACCGCCGGGCAAAGGCAAAGAGACUACAAGAGGCCGAGCUGGAGAAGCUCAAAAUGGCUGCCAAACCCGCGCUGCACCCUGGCUUUACGCUGCCGAUGCCCCUUGGUGCCCAGCUCCACACGGCCGUCUCCCUCUAUGGACAGUCCUACCCCUACCACCGGCCCAUGUUGCCCCUGUCGCCCAUGGGACUCUACGCCACGCCUUUGGGCUACAGCAUGUACCUGUCAUGAUACGGGGAGAGCGGGCCGUGCUGUUAAUACUCGCACCCUGAACACGUUGACGUCACUCUUUCUGAAUGCUAGCAUUUCUCCUUGCUACCAAAACAACCCUGAAGUGGAGAUUUUUCUUCUUCUUCUUCUUCUUCAUAAAACCAAUUGAGAGAUUUAAUGCCUCACGCACCGAAGAGCCUUAAUUACUGUCUUGAUUUUCAUCUGUGGAUGGACGAUAAUGAUUUGGCUGCCCCGGGCCAAUGUAAUGUUUUCCAAAGCGGGGGGUUCCCUUUAUCUAAUUGUCUUGUGUAGCAUUGUCGACAUGUAAAAUUGUAUUACUGUCAAUGCACACGUUAUUAUCUAGUAUAGAAGAUACAGCAAAGACGUGAUCCUUAUAAUUAUGUUCUGGUCGGGGUGUAUUUUAAUUCUCCUUGAAGAAGGACUGAUUGAUUUCACUCAAACUCAGCUAAUUCAAACGUGUAGAUAUUUUUACGUUCUAAUUUACUGUAGCAAAAAAUUUUAUUCAGCACUUCUGUUUUAUCAGGAUUUGUAGAGUUUUCAUUUCAUUUGUGAAUAUGUAUUUAUUUUACUUUCACUCUAUAAACUUUAAAUGCUGGAAAUAAAUUGAGUGAUUCAUGCUUGAAUUUAUAACAUGUAGCUGAAAUGUGGCAAAAAUGACCAACAUUUUAUUUAUAUCUUUUAUCUGAAAGUUCCUUUGGAAGGAGCUAUGCUAUGCAGUUUAAUAAAU